GACUCCGUAAAAAGCAAAUGUCCGCCACCUGGAGACUGCCGCGUGUGUAGUAGUCCAUUUCAUUGGGACAGGGACUGUCCUCACUGGAAUGAGUACGACGUCGGUCGCGGAGCCCUUCUCAUCGGCGCUGAAUACGACUGCGAUGAACAGGAGAACGAAGAAUACGAACAGGCUUUCGUAGCUUACAUCUGUAGUAGCUUGAACAAUACGAAACUUUCGAGCGCGUUGUGGGCGGACAUACGCCAGGCGGAAGGCCUCUACUUGAAAGCUACGGUAGCUUCUCGACGUCGUACGUAUCCCGUAUCCAUUGAUGAGAUGGAAGAAGCCUCGUCUCCUCCAUCUGGAUCUCUCUCCCCGGAUCUUCCCUACCUCAUGGAAGCAGUUGUGACACUUAGUCGAGUACGCGAUCCGCCAGCCAGGCACUCCACAGUAGGAGUUGCAGCUCUAUCAUUCCAACUGCGGUUCGGCAGCCUCUCACACGACCCGGUUCAAUGUCGCGCGGAUUCGGGUGCAGACAUCUCGUUAGUCUCCCAGGAGUACCUGGACUCGCUGCCCCUCGCAACACGCCCUAAGAUCAAACAAGGACUUCGCAUGAACCUAUAUCAAUCGAUGGGAGGUUUCCGUAUUACCGGCUACGUGCAAACUCAGGUCUAUAUUGAGUCGGAACAAGGUCAUACGCUCAAAAUGCUAGCAGAAUGCUACGUAGUUCCCGGGAUGUCCUCUUCCUUACUACUUGGAGAAGAUUUCCAUGUCAACUACGAGCUAGGUGUCACGCGAAGCUUGACGGAAGGAUCGGCCAUCCAAGUGGGCGACUCCGGUUACUCCAUUCCCGCUUCCUCAGCAGCCCGCAAGGAUCGACCACCUAUCAAGAUCAUAACCAGAGGAGCUGACUCCAGUUUCAUCAAGCAGCAACGUCCUACGGCUAUCGCGACUCAAGAUGUGCGAAUUUCGCCGCACUCUUGUCGUCCGGUGCCGGUCCAAGCUUCCUUCCUUGAACACGACUCCUGGUUCGUCGAAAAAACGGUUCUGGGCCAAGCAGACGGUUCCUUCCUGCUAACCACCCCAUCCAUUAUCGACGCCGAGCAUGCCUAUGUAUCCAUCACCAACCCGACUGAACGUCCCGUUAUGGUACGCAAAGGCGAAUCCCUCGGUCUCCUUCACGACCCCGCUUCGCAUUUUAUGGACCACUCCUCGGAUUUGGAAGCCCACGCACUCGCCGUCCAGACACUCAUC